UAUCCCUUCAGAACACAAAAUCUUGGCUCUGGAAAAGCGCAAAAUCAGCAGCUUUGUGUCAGUGAAGAAUAAAUAAGCCCGAGGUCCCGGGAUUGAUCUUGCACGUGCAGUUCUGUUUCAGCAGGAAGAUUAUUUCCCAGUGACUACAUUGGGAACAGUCCUGUGUUAAAAACACAACCCGUGUGAGGAGUGACUCGACUGUGGGAGGCAGCGGUGGAUUUGCGACGGCGAGUGACUUGGAUUGCGUCUGUAGAUGCUGCUAGAUUCCGGACUGAAGUGUUUCCCAGGAAUGCUGACGGACUGGGAUGGACGUGGCGAGAGAGACUGGAAGGGGGGUGCUGGCUUUCCGUGUCCACAGUAAGCCACGCGAGGUAACACACUCCUUAGAAGGAUGUGAUCGAUUUGGCCGAUGAGUGUGGCAGGCUUGAAGUUCAGAGAAUGAGCUCCCUAAAUGAAGUGUGGAACUCCACUAACCUGACCGCCUCCUCUCAUGCACCUUUCCUGGACAACCUCAGCGCAUUGGGCACCAAAGCCCUGGCAGCGCUGGCGAACAGAUCCGGCUCCUGUAACCUCACCCUGGCCCCCGAGCCCCUACACAACCAAGGCUGCAGCAGCAGCAGUGGCAGCAGCAGCAGCAGGAAGGACAAGAACUGGGCGGCCCUGCUGAUUGUCAUUGUGAUUUUCCUCACCAUCGGUGGGAACAUUCUGGUCAUCGUGGCCGUGUCACUGGAGAAAAAACUACAGAACGCCACCAACUACUUCCUCAUGUCCCUGGCGAUAGCAGACAUGCUGGUGGGCAUCCUGGUCAUGCCCGUGUCCCUCAUCACCGUCCUGUACGGAUACCUCUGGCCGCUCCCUGUCAAACUUUGCCCGAUAUGGAUUUAUUUUGAUGUAUUAUUUUCAACUGCAUCUAUCAUGCACUUGUGUGCAAUAUCUUUAGAUCGCUACAUUGCGAUUCGGAAUCCUAUCCAUCACAGCCGCUUCAACUCCAGAACAAAGGCAUUCCUGAAAAUAAUUGCCGUUUGGACAAUCUCAGUUGGUAUUUCAAUGCCCAUUCCUGUUUUGGGACUUCAAGAUGCUUCCAAGGUGUUUAAGGAUGGCAGUUGUUUCCUCACAGACGAGCACUUUGUCCUGGUGGGCUCCUUUGUUGCAUUCUUCAUCCCACUCACCAUCAUGGUAGCAACCUACUUCCUGACCAUCCGAGUCCUGCAGCAGGAAGCCACUUUAUACUCAGACGAGUUGAACCCCAAACCCAAGUGGACGAACUUUCGAAUGUUUCUUCAGAAAAGCCCGCUGUCAGCCAACUCGACCGUCAAAGCAGCCAUGUUAAAGGAAUACGACAGUAAGGGGACAUCUCCUCAGAUAAUGUCUUGGUGUUCCUCAGAUAAUAAAUUGGGACCUUCAGGGAGGAGGUCCAUGCAAUCAAUCACUAAUGAGCAGAAGGCUUCCAAAGUACUUGGCAUUGUGUUCUUCCUAUUCGUUGUGAUGUGGUGUCCUUUCUUUGUGACCAACGUAAUGUCUGUCAUCUGUAUAGACGCUUGUGAUAAAGAACUGAUUGAAGAACUCCUCAGCAUCUUCGUCUGGGUGGGCUACAUCUCUUCUGGUAUUAAUCCCCUUGUCUACACGCUUUUCAACAAGACUUACCGCUCAGCUUUCUCUCGGUUCAUUCACUGCCAGUACAAGGAAGAGAAGAAGCCCACGCAACAAAUCCAGGUCAGCAUGGUACCCACCCUCGCAAGCAGCAAAGAUAAACUGCAGCUCUCCAGCACGGAGAGUCUGAAACAUGGUGCAAAACUGAGGAGUCGUGUCCCUUCUGCUGAAACCCUGGGAGACAACAAUCAGGAGACACCGCAGAUGGGAACUGUUUACAUUGCAGAAAAAGUCAGCUAUGUUUGAGAGCAGCCGUCAUGAAAUAGCAAAUGUCUUCAGAAUGGUUAAUGAAACAGAGAGUAAUGUGACACAUCUUCCAAAGCUGUUAUAUUGCAACGUAAACUGUGCAAACUGUAACCCAAUACAUAAUGUCUUCAGUGCCUUUAAUCCACAGUACAGGGAGCUUGGCACAGUUGCAUUUUCCAGUGUGGAAACUAUUAAGAGUAAGUACUUCUGGAGUUUGGCUAUUACACCACAAGCCAUUAUAAAGAAUUCCACUUACAUUUAAUCGUGAAAUGCUGCGGACAAUUUAGUAUUUAUGAUCACUGAUUCUAACUAAGAGAUUCAGAUUUAUGUCCCUUGCGUUCUCAAAAUAUGCCGUAGCUCAUGGUAUAAUUAUUAUCAUCUCUGUCCCAAGCUGGUUAGGGGGAGGAUUGGGCAACUAUACAGACGAGCACCCGUGUUUGACUGAGGCAAUUGAUCCUGCAUGUGUUCCUGCUGAUGGGAGCCUGUAUAUAACAGCACAGUGACCCAAAGGGGAGACAUAAAGUCAGUGUGCACAUCUGUGGGAUUUCAUGUUGAGUUAUCCGUGCAAUCUUAGUUUAUCUGAUCUGCCCAGCAUGCACACGUUUAAAAACGAUGUUAAUAUGGAGAUAUGCAUUCUGAUCAGCUGCAAGAUCCAUGUUCAAACUCAUUUUGGGGACUUUUUUCUUUGGAGUGUAGGAGGCUGAGGGAUGAUCUUAUUGAGGUGUACAAUUGGCUUACAGUGAGAGGAGAGAGAUUUAAAGUGGACCUCAGGGGCAAAUUUUUCAUGCAGGCGAUAGUCCACAUCUGGAACGAGAAAAAGGUACCGAAGUGGAUACAAUCAGAAAUUUUGAAAGAGAUUUGGACAGAUGUAUGGAUAGGAAGAGUUUAGAGGGCCAUGGGCCAAAUGAAGGCAAAUAGGACUCACGCAGUCUGCUAGGUAGGUUGGCAUGGACAAAGUAGGCAGAAGGGCCUGCUGUAAAGCUUCAUGACAGCAAGAAUUAGAAGAGUUACAGCAGGGUUUUGAAUACCCUAUAACUACAGCAAGGGCAGCUGUUUUUUUGAGUUCUUUGAGCAACAAUCCAUCUCUUUAGAAGCUCUAUUGACUUGUUGAAAACAAAUGCAUUGAUUUUUAAAGUGUUAUAGAAAAAGAGAAUCAGUGUUAAGCAUUAACGCUCAGAAAAUCUUUAAACAAGAAGAGAAUGUUGGAAGUUGACAAAUCACCCCAGAUUAUGCUUUGAUGAUCAAAUGGUUCAGGGUUCUAUGUACACAAACUUUUUCACAUGCUUCAUUGUUUUUGCAUAUACUGGUAAACUAAGGGACAGCAGUCUCUGGACACCUUCUACAGAGUCUCCUCACUUAUCCCAGCAGGUUAAAUUCCAAAAAAGCAAUCCACAUGAAUAACAUCACAAUAACACACAGCAGAAUGAAUUUAUGUAUUUGGGUUUAUAUUUGCAUCUUGUUGCAUUAACACACCAGUUCAUCCAGACUGGUGAAGGUUACUGGGAUACACUAUUACUGCCACCCUGAAUGAAUGCCUCAAAGGCCUGAUGUGCAAUUGGCCUGAACCGAACUCCCUGAGCAAGAUUGUGAUUGUUCCAAGGUUUAUUUUAACCUUGUGGGGUUAUCACUACCACCCUUUGCCCAUUUAUGAUAGCUAUAUCCUCCAGACAAAGUCCUGAGACUCUACACAGCAUGACAGUCAUGCAUGCAGUGGUGGCCUGAAUGCCUUACUCACUGAGUGCUCCCUGUUGGGGAGAAACCUGCCUCUUCCAGAUGACCAGACCAAUUCAGGCAUUGCUAUUGGGAUACUUGCACAUGGCACAGACUCUUUAAAGAUGGCAGCAUUUUUAACCAAUAUCAAAUGUUUUUAAAAAACUGUAAAAUAAAAUGCAUUGGGAUUAACAAACGUAAUAUGCUGUGUCCCCCGUUGUCUCCUGUUGCCUGCUUUGAAGCGCUGGAACAGUUCCUAGCCGCCCCGAUUCCUGUGCAACCAACGUGUGAUGUGCUGAGAUUACACAUCUCCUCGCUGCACUGUUUUUGAAUUGUGUACAAAAUCGAGAAUUGAAUUCUGUGGCUUUAGAUGUGUAUUUCAACUCCGAAUGUUGCAAUAAAAACAUUUUAAGAACCCAGUGCCUGUCA